AUGGGACCUGUAAAGACAGUGUGGGAGUUUCUGAGAGAAUGGACAAACUUGACAGUGUGGAUCGUGAUCGCCUUAGUGGUCGGGAUCCUUAUCGGAAGGUUCGCGCCAAAGUUUGCAGUUAGCAUCGGGCCCCUGGGAACAGUCUUUAUCCGCAUGAUCCAGUGCAUCGUCGGUCCUCUCAUUUUCAGUACACUUGUGAUCGGUAUUGCUGGCCAUGGCGACGAUCUCACUCGAAUCGGCCGACUUGCACUCAAGUCUGUCGUUUAUUUUGAGGUCGUGACAACACUUGCGCUGAUCCUUGGUCUCAUCGCGGUCAACAUUGCUCGCCCUGGCGCAGGACACAGUUUGACAGGACUAGCACCACCGGACACCAACUUUACCGCCAUUACAUGGGUCACAGAGAUGGAGGUCAUCGUUCCCACGUCCUUUUUCUUGGCGCUCUCGGACCAUACUGCGGUGCUCGCAGUAGUGUUUUGUGCGAUCAUGUUCUCGGUUGCAAUCACUCAGGCGGACGAAAAAUCCAAGCAGUUCAUGCUCGACUUUAACGCGUCCCUCUCUGGAAUUAUGUUCAAGGUCGUGGAUUUGGUUAUGAACUACGCGCCCAUCGGUAUCGGAUGCGCGAUCGCCUCCACGGUGGGACAGUACGGUCUAGGCUCCUUAGAGGUCGCUGGGAAAUUGGUCGGAACGCUUUACGUGGCCCUGAUCGUCUAUGUGAUCCUUAUCCUGCUACCGAUCAUGUUUCUCUGCCGGUUCCCGUUGCGCGAAUUUGUCUGGGCUGUUGGCCAGCCCUUCCUGAUGGCCUUCGCUACCAGUUCCUCAGAGUCAGUGUUCCCCAUGGCAGUGGAGAAGAUGGUCGAAUUCGGAGUCCCGUCCGAGAUUGCGGUCUUUGUGAUUCCG